AUGGGUUCUAAUUCUUCAUUAAUAUUACGACCGGAAGAAAUUGCUGCUAUCCAAAAAGAAACUCAUUUUUCUCCCAGUCAAAUCCAGCGGUUGCACAGCAGAUUUUCGACUUUGGAUAAGCGCAAUACUGGCAGUUUAACGCGUGAAGAGUUUAUGCGAAUUCCUGAACUUGCUAUCAAUCCGCUCGGUGACCGCAUUAUUGAGUCUUUCUUCUGGGAUUCGACAAAUAAUGGUGCAGAACCAAGUAUUAACUUUAGGCAAUUUAUGAGAACGUUGGCUUUAUUUAGACCUUGUAAACCAAAUGAAAAACCGCAAGCAAUAGAGGAAAUUCGAGAACAAAAAUUAAAAUAUGCAUUCAAGAUGUAUGAUCUCGAUCACGAUGGCAAAAUAUCCAGACAUGAAUUACUCGACAUUCUCCAUAUGAUGGUCGGUACGAACAUAUCUGAUGAGCAGUUGGGUUGCAUCGCUGAUCGUGCAAUCGUUGAAGCUGACACCGAUGAAGAUGGUUGUAUAUCGUUUGAUGAAUUCAAAAAGGCAUUAGAAAAAGUUGACGUCGAACAGAAAAUGAGCAUCCGAUUCCUACAUUAG